GUCAAGCACAAGCCAGGGGGAGUGCUUCGCGCAGAGCAAGGUGAGGUAAGGUACCUGACAGUAUGAACGGAGUGGAAAAGUAAGGGGACCUAGGGAAGGGUGUGGAGGGGUCAAGCAACGUGCUGAGAGAUUGAGAUGGUGACUUUGUGUAGCUUCAGCGGGUGCGACGAUGGAAGGUAGAGACUAUAGGUAUAGUCGGUAGCAAGAUUGAUUGCAGGCUUGUGGUGAAAGAGAUGUGUUUGCCCAAGGCGCUGGGCCCUUGAUAUAAAAUCAGGUUCUCCAAGUGGAAACGGGGAAACGGUUCCAACUUCGAACGAAGGGGGUGUGAAGAAGCUCACUCAGGGCUUGUUGAGGCUUCAUCAUCAGGGCACCUAAGGCUGUUUGGAUGCCAAGCACGUGACGGACGGGCUGAAUAGAGCGUUAGAGUUGGCGGUUGAUACGGGUAGACGCAGCAGUUGCGGGCUUCGACUUGUUUCAUGAACAUUGAGGUGUUUGUCACUCUGAUGGACCCUUUUGCUUGAUGCCUGUGAUACACUGACAACUGCUGCGUCCAGACAAAGAACUCGAGUUCAUUUCAGUCGCAGCUACAGCUAUAGCUACAGUCGCAGUCCCAUAAUACUGGUACGGGUCACCGGUUCCUGGUUCCUGGUCCCUUGCUUGAUCGAGACUCGUUCCCUCAAAACGGCUCAGCUUACUUUGCUUCAACUGCAUGUGCCUACGGUCUCAUUCAACUUGGUUGCACCAACGGGAUUCUAGACGUCAAAGCUUCUUCCUUUCCCCUAACUAACGACGCUUGCCCCACGUCACGCAAGGCAAGGACGAAGGAAGACACAGUUAAUAAUUAAGUUAAUCUUUUGUAUGCAUCUAUCCAACACAUCCAUUCCUUACUUCUAGAAUAUUUCCCUGCAUCAACAAAGUUUACAGUGCAAGCACUGACCAUUUUCGUUAGGCCUUUGUAUCCAUCUUGGAAUAAAAAUAGAGCCCUGCCCACUUUUGCCAGUCUGAUCCUUUCCCUAUUGUCCACGCAAGCCUCUCAUUCGCUCGGCCACCUGCUAUCUCGUGUUGCUUCCUCAGCGCCAUCAACUCCUGGAUAUCCUCUCUUCUGCCGGCCUUCCUACCCCAUUCGCAAAUAUGAACCAGCAGCCUGCCGUUCAAAAUCAGGCUCAGGCUCAUGCGCCAAAUGCAGCCGGCCAGGAUGACUGGGAUGAAGCGCGCCUUGAGGAAGCCAUGAAACGCCUCAAGCUUCUGCACAUCAAGGUCCGGCAAUUGAACGACACCAUUCCCAAGAUGAUCAAGCCGCUUGUGCAAAAACAACCUUCACCCGAUGUCAUGUUUGCAGCUUUCAUGAACUCGGUCAAUGAAGCGCAAGCAAACAUCAAAGAGGUUACUGACUUGAUGCGCGAUGAGAAAAGUCGUGAAAUCUUUGCGCAGGCCAAGAAGAGGAAAGAGGAAGAGCCCACGGGUAUCAAGACUUGGGAAUAUUAUGAUCACCCAGACUGGUUCAGGAUGGAUGAAGAAUAAUGAGAUACAUGGAGCACAUAGCAUAGGCGUUUAUGGACGGUUUAACUACAUCAUCGGGACAUUAAUGAUAGGAGCAAGUGUGUUGCAGGAAACGCUUUCGAACUAUUUCACUACUGGAAGACGGCACAUCAACAUUAUGAAGUUUUAGAACAAAGUACUUUGCAGUUGGUCUCGGUCCCAUGGACCGUAGGUAGAUACAGAGGUUGCCGCCUCGCUCAUUGGUAAUACUCGACACCAUGAAUUCUAAUGUUACUUCUUUACCGAUGAGGCAACCAGAAGCUCAGCGAAUGGAAACAAGGUUUCGGGGCACUUCUAUAGAGUUUAUGAUCAAUCACAGUCGAAUUAUCCUAAUCUGAAUAAUUUGGGGACGAGAGAACUAG